AGCAGCAGCAGCAGCAUCUUUCCCCGUCCCUAUCUCUUCGGCCUCCGCCCCGCCCUCCGCCUCCAUCUCACCCCAUCGCCUCCUCCGCCUCGCCGUCUCCGAUGGCUCGCCUCCUCGCGCAAACCCUAACCCUAGCCCGCCCCGCCCCGACCGGUGCCACCGCAUCCGCUUCCCUCCGCGGCCUCGCCACCAAGGUUGAGGUCAUCGAGAUCGACCUCACCGAGGAAGACGCCACCUCGGCCCCCGGCUCCCCCACGCCGUCGAUCGAGGUCGUGGGGAUCCGUCGCCUGGAGGAGGCCAUCCACGGGGUCAUGGUGCGGCGCGCCACACCCGACUGGCUCCCCUUCGUACCGGGCGGGUCGUUCUGGGUGCCCCCGCUGCGGCGCCCGCACGGGGUCGCCGAUCUCUUCGGCCGGAUCGCGGCGGCCGGGGGCACCGAGGGGGUCUUCGGGGCCGUGGGCGGCGCGGUCGAGAUCGUGGAGGUCGACGCGCCGAUGACGGAGGAGGAGGCGCUCUCCUUCUCCACGGCCCGGGGGUGGCCCUCGGCCUCCUACUUCGUCGAAGGGAAAUUUCCACAUUCAAAGAAGAAAUCAAGGAAAAGCACAACACAAACUGAUGAUGAAGAAAGCUGAUUGGUUUGUGCUUCUUUGCCAGGGGUAAGGCUAAGGCACUGCGGAGUUUCAUGACUCUGCCAUGACCAAUGUACAUAUGGAUGGUAAGGACCCCAUUGAUGAAGAACUAUUGCAACUGCUAUGACCGAUGAUGUCGCCCCAACCCUUGGAAGAUAAACUAUUGCAACCACUGUGAGUCGGUUGCAAUGCUGUAAAUUCGGUCUGAAGCCCUAUUGCUUAUUGUACCAACAAGCCCCGGGACCAUAGUUUUGUUUGUAAUAAUAAUCCUGGAGAGGGCAGCUGAAUAUGUGCUACGAUACUGGACUCGAUCAAGGGCUCUGGAUAGCUUCUUGUGCCGACUAUGAUGAAAUGUUUGUAAAACUGAAAUAAGCAUCUCUGUCUAGUGUCUACCCCUGAUCUUGAACUGUUUCCAUAUCAAACUUUGUUAAAACUGUUCCAAACUAUGUUGUCAUGUGGACAGGUAUAGGUACAUCUUAUAUUGCUGUAGUACUCUCUGCACCUGUAUGAUGUUUGAAACUCAUGUUACUUAUUAAGAGGUGGUUUAAAGUUAA